AUGGAUCCCCGCGUGGCCUGGAUCCAGCCCGAGCAGAAAGGCCCCGCGAAUGCGCUCUGGAUGCAGAUCUGGGAGACCUCGCAGGGCGUGGGGGGCCGCGGCGGCGGCGGCGCCGGCUUCCCGCACUACCUCUGCCUCAACUCCCCGGCGCUGGACCCGGCCGCCGCCGCUAACGCCGCCACCGCCGCCUCGUCCCCUCCGCCCCGCGGCCACGGCUGCGCCCGGCUCGGGGCGCCCGGCCCCGGCUGCUGCUCCUCGUCCUCGCCGCCUUCGCCCUCGCCGUCGCCGCCGGCCCUGCUGGCCGGGCUGCUGCCCGCCGCCGCCCCCGCCGUGCCCCCCCCCGCCGCCGGCCCCGCCAACGGUGGCGGCGGGGAGGGAGGGCGGCGGCUGCAGAAGUCGCCGUCGGUGUCGUCGUCGUCGUCGUCGUGCUCGUCGGUGGAGUCCGGCACCGAGAGCCCCGGCUUCUCCUCCUCGGGCUCCUGCGGCGGAGGCGGCGGCUCCUCCUCUUCCUCCUGCGGCCCCCGGGCGGCCGUGGCUCCUCCCGGGCUGCUGGGCAGCGGGGCCGGGCCCGGGGAGUUUUUUAACUUCCACGAGAACGACAAAGCGAACAGUGUGAACGGGCACCACCCGCCUCCCCCCCCGCACCUCGCCCGCGGGCCCCACCACCCGCCGCCGGCCUCCCCCCAGCAGCACCAGUACCACCCGGGCCGGAGGAAACGGGAGAAUAAAGCCAGCACCUAUGGCAUGAAUUACCUGCUCUCCGGCAGCCGGGGCGUCGCCGCCAACACCUCCCCGCACCAGCAGCGGCAGCCGCCUCAGCCGGCGCUGCAGAGCCCCGGCACGCCCUGGAAGACGAGGAAAUACAGCCCGGGCGUGCAGGGACUACACGAAGAAAUAAUCGAUUUCUAUGACUUCAUGUCCCCUCGUCCAGAAGAAGCAGCUAUGAGAAGAGAAGUGGUGAAAAGAAUAGAAACAGUCAUCAAAGAUCUUUGGCCUACAGCUGAUGUCCAGAUAUUUGGCAGCUUUAGUACAGGGCUUUAUCUUCCAACUAGUGAUAUUGAUUUAGUUGUUUUUGGGAAAUGGGAACGCCCCCCUUUACAGCUGCUGGAGCAAGCACUAAGAAAACACAACGUGGCUGAGCCAUAUUCCAUUAAAGUACUUGAUAAAGCUACGGUACCAAUAAUAAAACUUACUGACCAGGAGACAGAAGUGAAAGUUGACAUCAGUUUUAAUGUAGAAACUGGUGUGAAGGCAGCUCGAUUUAUCAAGGAAUACAUGAAGAAAUACUCUUUGCUGCCUUAUUUGAUUUUAGUAUUAAAACAGUUCCUACUUCAGAGGGACUUGAAUGAAGUUUUUACUGGUGGAAUUAGCUCUUACAGCCUAAUUUUAAUGGCAAUUAGUUUCCUGCAGCUGCAUCCAAGAAUCGAUGCCAGAAGAGCUGAUGAAAACCUUGGAAUGCUUCUGAUAGAAUUCUUUGAACUCUAUGGAAGGAAUUUUAACUACUUGAAAACUGGUAUUAGAAUAAAAAAUGGAGGUGCCUAUAUUGCCAAAGAAGAAAUCAUGAAAGUCAUGACUAAUGGAUACAGACCAUCCAUGCUAUGUAUUGAAGAUCCUCUCCUGCCUGGAAACGACGUUGGCAGAAGCUCUUACGGUGCCAUGCAAGUGAAACAAGUUUUUGAUUAUGCCUACAUUGUUCUUAGCCAUGCAGUAUCACCACUUGCAAGAUCAUAUCCAAAUAGAGAUUCUGAGAGCACAUUAGGUAGAAUCAUCAAAGUGACCCAAGAAGUGAUUGACUACAGGGCCUGGAUUAAAAAGAAGUGGGGGAGCAAAAUUAAUUUAUCACCUGAACUUGAUAAUAGGUUGAAAAUAAGAGACCAGAUAGCUCCAUGCAAUGGAGAACAGCAACAGAACAGAGACUCUGAACCAUCUUACAACCAACGCUUGGCUUUGUCACUAGCUAAUACACAACAGUUAUCCUCUGGCUCAUCUGCGUCUUCUGUAUCAUCGCUCUCCGGCAGUGACAUUGAUUCUGAUACACCACCUUGCACAGCUCCUAAUGUUUACCAGUUCAGUCUGCAAGCACCGACUCAACUUAUGGCCAGUUUACCACCCGUAUUGCCUAUGCCAAGUGGUAAACCCCAAUCUGCGCCUUCGAGAACCUUGAUAAUGGCCACCAGUAAUCAGCAGCACAGUGGAAUGAAGUUUUCUAUGAAAGGAACUCAUAAUCAAGGCAACAGCUACAGCCCUGUCAGCAGUGGAGGCAUGAGGCAACCAGUUGGUAACAGAGGACACCACCAGUACAAUCGUAAUAUAUGGAGAAGAAAAAAACACAGAGACAGUUUGCCUAUUAGUCUGAGCAGAUAAUGGCAGAUGCCAAAAUGACCUUCCCUGUUCAGACAAACUGAGCGAGUGCCACUCGACUUGAGGGAUGGAGACCAGCGUCCAGCACAUCGUUUUAUUGGUGUUGCCAAAUAUCUGCAGCUGACUUCUUUGCAUGUUUCUUUGUGUGGUGGUUCAGUCCAUCUUCAAGAAGUAGUUGUGCUUAUCUGUGAAGCCUUAUUAAAUGUGGAAGUUUGUUUUUCUGCCUUCCCACAAUGGUUCAUACAGUGCCGAAGCAGCUCUGACAAUGGAACUGCAAGGACAUUUACAAAUGCUGUGGCUUUUUUUGCUGUGGCUACAUCUGUUCCUUUGUGGGUUCUGUUUUCUUUUAUUUUGGAAGUGAAGGAAACUUCAGCCCCUUGGAUUUUUUUUCUUUGCAGCAAAUCAAGUUGGGAAUUCAUAAAAAAAUAAAUUUGCUGCUCUCCUGUUUGUUUCAAAGUUCAGAAUUUUUUGCUCUGUAAAUAUUGGAGGUAUAAUUUGUGCAAUAACUUGGAAUUUUUAAUUUAAUUUCAUAUUGUCACAUAAGUUAUAUUUAAGGGGAAGAAGUUUUUUAAUUUACAGAUCCUUUCCCAGGUUGCAUUAUCUAAGUUGGGUUCAUAGUUUUGGCAGGUUGUCUGAGCAGUGUUACAAACAUGACAUUUGGUAAUAUUUGAGGCUUCUCGAUUCACAAUGAAAGUGCGAUUUGGCUUAUGGUUUUAAGAAGGUAUUACGCUCCAAAGCAUUUCGACCCUAUGUUUUUUAGCUCAUUGUCUGGCCUCUAUCAGUUGUCUUGCUCUGACCAAUGAGUUUUAAUUUUAUUCCUUUUACUAGACGACAAAUCCAGCAUUCUUAGUACCAGAAAGGAAACUUUUGGGGAGGGGGGGAAGGUUGGUUCAAGUCCUGAUGUGAAAUUAAAAAGCUGUGAACUACACGCUUUGAUGCAUUUUAGUAAUGUAACCUGUUAAUGUUCGGGUUCAAACAACAUUAUUAAACAGAGGUACCCGGCUUAAGGAAUGUGGAGAAAGGAAAUAUGUUGAUUCCAUUAAGGAAUCUGUAUAGCAGUAUGCAUUAGUUCUGUUAAGAGCAAAUAUAUAAAAAGUACUUCAGCUGCUCUAAGCAUUAUGAGAAGUAUCUUUUAAUGUAUUGCAGGAGAGCACAGCCCAGUGUUGUACACAGUAUGAGUGGCUGGCACUUAAUUUACAGAUGCAUACAGGUAUACUAUGCAAGUGUGUAUUGCCAUGACAAACACUGUCUUUAACUUUUUGAAAAAUGUACAUCCUGCCUAACCCUGAGUUUUUAAAGCACCACAGUUGUCCUGGGAGUAGGUCACAUCUCACGCCCUCUGACUUCCCAUUUUUUUAAUGAAAGUUCUUAAACUAUACAGAAAACUACAGAUCAGUUCUAUAAAUCCAUUAGCAGAGAAGGCUGAAGAAUCCUGUUAACAGGACAUCUAUACUGUGUACAGAUACAGGUGGUUUUAAAACUGAUAUCUGACUAUUAAAAUGAGGUGUCAAGCAUGAAGCUUUUUAAUACGCUGUAUGCCUUUGAAGCAGAAGUAGUUCAUGUUAUUACUGAAUCUGUUGAACAGAACAGGUCUUUGAGGGGAGAGAGGGCAACAUUCCAAAGUAGAGUAGUGCAUAUCUGUUUGCAAAAAGUUUGUCUUAAUGCUCAGAUUCAUCACAAUUUUAAAUAAAAAUAAAAAUUGUGAGCUGAUUCAUAAAUAAUAUCUAAGGGCUGUUACAUGAGCCUGUACUGCUUAGUCUUCACACACUAGCAAUAUUGAGCAUAACUACAUUAAAGAGCCUUCAAAGGCUUUAGUUGGUGUCUUAUACUAGCGUCCAUUUUAAAGCGAAAUUCAUUUGAAAAGUGGUAUCAUGUAACACUUCAGUCAUGGUGAACCAAAUAAAUUGGCCUGGCUAUCACUGUGGUUAUGUGCUACAGGUUUAAAAAAAUCAUGUUUAAAUUUUUUGUGUGGACAACUAUGUGGAAGCUAAAAUUGACAUAUUUUUAUGUAAAGUUUUCUAUUCUUUGAUUUUUAAUAAACUUUGGAGACCAGUCACUCUUCUGUACAUCUUUAUGAGAAAUGUAGUGGAUGAAGUAAUAUUUGACCUUAUCCCAUUGUUUGACAGGUGCUUUGAACAUCAGCUUCAGUGUAAAUGCCAGACAUCUUCAGAAUGAGCUUGGAAGGUGGAUGGGCACUCUCUGCUCACUGUUCUUUGUAUUUAUAAAGGGAGCAAUGAGUAUGGCUGUUGGUUUC